AUGGCAGACACAAAGGUUUGGUUUAUUACUGGCGCAUCGUCGGGGUUCGGGAGAUCAAUGACUGAGCUAUUGCUCAACAAGGGCGACAAAGUCAUAGCGACACUUCGCAAUCCUGAUGCUUUAUCAGAUUUAUCAGCACAAUUCUCAUCGUCCCAGCUCUUAGUCAUUCAGCUUGACGUGACGAACAGCGCGGGAGUAUCAGCUGCAUUUGCAAAAGCAAAAGAAGCUUUUGGAAGGAUCGAUGUUGUGUUUAAUAAUGCAGGUCAAAGUGUAAUGGGAGAGCUUGAGUCCGCGAGCGAGGAAGAGGCACGUGCGAUGUUCGAAGUGAAUUUCUGGGGUGCUAUGCAUGUGAGCAAGGAAGCGGUGAAGUUCUUCCGAGAAAUGAACAAGCCAAUUGGUGGGAGACUGCUACAAGUCUCGUCAAGGUUGGGAUUGGUAGGCGGCGCUGCGGCUGCCUUCUACACGCUGGAAGGCCUGAGCGAGUCUUUGGCAAAAGAACUUGAUCCCGCAUGGAAUAUAAAGGUCACAAUAAUCGAGCCAGGUCCAUUCCGUACCAAGAUAUUCAAGGAUAACCUACGCCUAGCUCCCCAGCACCCUGCGUACGACAAUCCUAGCUUGCCCGGUUCCCAGUAUCGACAAUUCGUCGCGUUGGGCAAUAUCGAUGGAGAUGCAGACAAGGCAGUGGUAGCCAUUGAGAAGUUGACCCACCUCGAUGAUGUUCCUAUGCGCCUGCCACUGCACAGAAGGGUCGUUGUUGGAGCAAGGGAAAAAAUCAAGAGCCUGACUGAGGAAGUGGAUAAGUUUGAAAGUUGGUCUGAAGAUCUUUACCAUUAAAAUGCAUGCAUUGUAGUAAGUAGUUUUGCUACUUUUUCGAAUGUGAUCCGUACGCAUUUAUGCAACAAUUUUCCUCUAUGCAGAGACUGCAACCAGGCCUCUUCCUAGUAUGAGUAUAAGCACUUUUAGUAAGUCAUCAGCCUUCCAAACCAGACGUUCAAGGGCCUUAGGGUUCUGAAGCAGAUAAAACACCAGUCACGGUCGGUGCGUCCGCGUGCAGACCGGAUGUGGACAAAGUCUCGGAAAGUGCCG